AUGUCCAACUACACCCACACUAUCAGAGACGCCAUGGAACUCCUCGAUGACAGGCGGGUCAAGUCCGUCAGGCCCCUCAUCCCGCCACAGAUCCUUCACGAGGAGCUGCCCCUCUCCUUGCGCGGAGCUCAGACCGUCCUCGAAGGCAGAAGACAGGUAGAGGCCGUCAUCAAGGGUGACGACGACAGACUGCUUGUCAUUGUCGGCCCAUGCUCAGUCCACGACCCCGAACAGGCUAUCACCUACGCCAAGAAGCUGUAUGAGUACGCUCAGGAGUCGAAGGAUGACUUGAUGAUUGUCAUGCGUGUCUACUUCGAGAAGCCAAGAACGACAGUCGGCUGGAAGGGUCUUAUCAACGACCCGGACAUGAACGGAUCGUACCAGAUCAACCGAGGUCUCAAGAUUGCUCGGAAGCUCCUUCUUGAUCUGACGGAGAUGGGUCUGCCCGCUGCUGGAGAGUUCCUGGAUGUCAUCUCACCACAGUACCUCGCCGACUGCAACUCCUGGGGAGCUAUCGGCGCUCGAACAACCGAAUCUCAAGUACACCGAGAACUUGCCAGCGCUCUGUCGAUGAGCGUGGGGUUCAAGAACGGAACAGACGGUUCAAUCGACAUCGCCGUCGACGCCAUCAAGGCCGCAGGAUCCGGCCACACCUUCCUCUCGGUCACGAAGCAGGGUCUGUCCGCUAUCGUCGAGACAUCAGGAAACAACUCGACACAUGUUAUCCUGCGCGGAAGCAGCAAGGGGCCGAACUUUGCCGAGGAGCACGUUGUGGCGGCUGGUGAGAAGCUGAAGAAGGCGGGCUUGAGCCCCAGAUUGAUGAUUGACUGCUCGCAUGGUAACUCGUCAAAACAGCACCAGAAGCAGAUAGAGGUUGGCCGGGACGUUGCGCAACAGAUGGCAUCCGGCGGCCCCUCCGCCUCCUCCCUCCUCGGAGUCAUGAUCGAAUCCAAUCUGAACGAAGGCAAGCAGUCCAUCCCCGCCGAAGGACCCUCUGCUCUCAAGUACGGUGUAUCCAUCACGGACGCGUGCAUCUCGUUCGACCAGACUGUACCCCUCUUGGAUGAGCUGAGGGAGGGUGUCAGGAAGAGGAGGGAGAAUGUCAAGGCGAAGCAUGUGAAUGGGAAUUAG